AUGUUAACAUUCUUUACUAUGUUUUUGAAUUUUAUAUCAACUGCAAUUUUUGACCUUGGAGGUGGCUCAACUCAAAUAGUUUUUGAGCCUGGAUCACUAGAUGGCUACAAGGUUGCACCUGGAGAACACAGAUAUGAAUUAGAAUAUGGUGGACAUAAAUAUAUUUUAUAUCAACAUUCUUAUUUACAUUUUGGAUUAAUGGAGGCAAAAAAAGCAAUUAUAAGUUUCAUGGUAAAAUUAUGGAAUAAUAGUAUUGAUGGUAUCAAGAAUGAUUUGAUUUCUGAUAUAUCUCUUAGUUAUGAUGGAAAUCUUAAAGAUGAAUUUUAUAUUCCACAUACUUGCUUACCAAAAAAUUAUUCAGAAUCAUGGCAAAUUGAUAUUGAUAAUGAUGAUGACAAUUCAGUUAAACUCAUUGGUACAGGUGGUGGACAUGUUCAGUGUAGGCCAUUAGGAAUGCUGUCAGAAUUUACAUUAAAAGAACUUUGUGAUCUUACUGAUCAAGUUUGUUCAGGAAAUUAUAAAAGAUUCUCUUAUUUACCAGAAGCUGUAAAGGAACUUAAAAAGAAUCCAUAUUAUUGCAUGAACUUAUCAUUUAUUUAUGAACUUUUACAUACUGGUUAUGAAAUACCUCUGGAAAGAGAAAUAAAAAUUGAAACUGGAUGGUGUCUUGGAGCAUCAAUAGCAAUGCUAGAUCAAAGCUUUUGGUGUAAAGAGUUCUAA